UCUCUUGCCUCUGUCAUCCAGACAGUUUCCCCACACCACACUCAGUCUUCACACACAGAGCCAAGAGAUCUCCAAAACGGAGAGGUUUCCUUCGUAACAAGAUGGACAGAAAGAGACCGAGUCGUGACGAGAGAGAGAAGGGCAAAGGAAGAGCGUGUGCACUGAAACAAGUCCAGCUGAAAGUGUCUGAUCUGGGUCUGGGCUACCGGAGUCAGGAGGAGCUGAUUUUCAGUUACUGCAGCGGCGUGUGUAUGAACUCCCUCACAAACUAUGACAAAAUCCUCACCGGCCUCGCCAGCAACGGCAAAAACAUUCUGCACAGCUCUCCUCCCACCGCCUGCUGCCGACCUGUCGAAUACGACGACGACCUGUCCUUUCUGGAUGACAACCUCAUAUACCACACCAUGAAGAGGCACUCGGCACGGAAAUGUGGCUGUGUCUAAGAAACCGUGCCAGACAAUGACACCAGACGGGAAAAUCAAUGGAAACUAUUUCAGGUUAUUACAUGUGUGAGCAUGGCUCGGUCGAGGAAAUCAUCAUGAUUGCAUUUCUCUAAGAAGAUACAGGAUAAGGAACUGCAAGAAUAUUAUUGCAAGAUGUUCAAAAACUGGUACAUACACUCUCAGAAGAAAAAAGGC